AUGAGACGAGACGCCUCUGCCACGAGCCAAGCAUACUCACCAAUCACAGGCCGAAGUGGGCGGGACGUGAAGAUCCUCCCAACGCGGUCGAGGGCGCCUCUGUCCGCGCCCAAGCCCGUGGGGAGGCAGAAGCCGCUCAGACCGCCCCAUACUCGACCUGACCCGCGAUUGACCCGAGUCCCUCACUGCCCUACUCCACCGCCCGGGCCGCAGGCAUUGGCCAAGGCAUCUGCGCCUGCGCGGUGCUGCGUGGCCCCCGCUCCACCCCGCCUCGCUCCGCCCCCCAGUGGGCGGGGAGAAAUCGGCUUCGGCGGCCACUGUCCGGAAGCUGCAGCCGAGUUUCCCCUGGGCGAUGUCGGCGGCGGUACUGGCGGAACCCCUGGGUCCUGGCAGCUUUGCGAAGCGGGUCCUGGUGACCGGGGGUGCUGGUUUCAUUGCAUCACACGUGAUUGUCUCUUUGGUGGAAGAUUAUCCAAACUAUAUGAUCAUAAAUCUAGACAAGAUCUUUCAUUUAUCCGUGCCUUCGAGUUUACAUAUGUUAAUGUUUAUGGCACUCACGUUUUGGUAAGGGCUGCCCAUGAGGCGAGAGUGGAGAGAUUCAUUUACAUCAGCACAGAUGAAGUAUAUGGAGGCAGUCUCGAUCAGGAAUUUGAUGAAUCAUCACCCCAGCAACCUACAAAUCCUUAUGCUUCAUCUAAAGCAGCUGCCGAAUGUUUUGUACAAUCUUACUGGGAACAAUACAAGUUUCCAGUUGUCAUCACAAGAAUCAGUAAUGUGUACGGACCACAUCAAUAUCCGGAAAAGGUUAUUCCAAAAUUCAUAUCUUUACUACAGCACAACAGGAAGUGCUGCAUUCAUGGAUCAGGGCUUCAAACAAGGAAUUUCCUUUAUGCUACUGAUGUAGUAGAGGCACUUCUCACUGUCCUCAAAAAGGGAAAACCAGGUGAAAUUUAUAACAUCGGAACCAGUUUUGAAAUGUCCGUUGUCCAGCUUGCCAAAGAGCUAAUACAGUUGAUCAAAGAGACCAGCUCAGAGUCUGAAAUGGAAAAUUGGGUUGAUUAUGUUAAUGAUAGACCUACCAAUGACAUGAGAUAUCCAAUGAAGUCAGAAAAGAUUCACGAUUUAGGAUGGAAACCUAAAGUGCCUUGGAAUGAAGGAAUAAAGAAAACAAUUGAGUGGUACAGAGAGAAUUUUCAUAACUGGAAGAAUGCAGAAAAGGCAUUAGAACCCUUUCCAGCACAGCAAGCAUUUAUAUAAUCAACAUAGUUUUCAGAGAAAGAAGAAAAUUACCCUACCUCAACAAAUGGUGUGAAAUCACGCGACUAAACAGACUGCCCUCUUUUCAUUUGGAAUUAGAGUCAUGACUUUUUGUAUUCCAUUCAGAUGAGAAAUGCCUCAACUUUGGAAGAAUUUUGAUAAUUGGCACAGGAUUUUCUUCUUACCACUUGAGCCAUACCGCCAGCUAGCACACAAUUUAAAUAUCAGAAUUCUUUCAGGAAACUUCUGGAAAUGAGGAAGUAGUAUGCGUGGAGUGUCUAGAGGUGAGCCAGGAAGAGGCUCUGAGAACAGAGACAGCAGCAGCACUGUGUGAUGGCGAGCUCCGCUGGCUUAGACCUCAUUCAGCUUCCCAGCCUUUCCCGGUGCCUCGGAAGUACUAGAGAUUUCAUUUCCGGGCACUGUAGGAUGUGUAUUAUAUGCUAAUUCAACUUUUUUCUGAAAGGUCAGAUGUUGUGCUAUAAUCGCUUUGAUACAGUGGAACAAAAUGGAAGCAUAUCUAGCACUUUUUAACUUUUUACAAUUUUAUAAAAUUAAGUUAAAUGCUUUUUAAAGAUGGGAUGUAAAAUUUUUAUA